GGUGACGAUGGGCGGGCGAAGCACCCAGAAGCGGGAUAUCUUCUACCGUCUGGCAAAGUCAGAUGGCUAUCGAGCGAGGUCGGCGUACAAGUUGCUUCAUCUCGAUGAGGAAUUUGACCUCUUUCGAGGCGUCACUCGAUGUAUCGACCUCUGCGCUGCUCCCGGCAGCUGGUCACAAGUCCUGUCUGAUGCUCUGAUAGUCGGCAAAGAGCAAGAUGCCGUCAUUGUCGCGGUUGAUUUGCAGCCAAUGGCUGCUUUACCUGGCGUGGUCCAGCUCGUGGGCGACAUCACAAAGCUCGCAACGGCACAACGCAUCAUCGAAUAUUUCAAAGGAGAGAAAGCUCAGCUCGUCGUUUGUGACGGCGCACCAGAUGUCACGGGUUUACACGAUCUAGACGAAUUUAUGCAAUCGCGACUGUUGCUGGCCGCCCUCAAUAUCACUCUGCAUACUCUCGAACCUCGUGGCACUUUCAUCGCAAAGAUCUUCCGCGGCAAGGAUGUUACUCUGCUAUUCGAUCAGCUCGAAUGCUUGUUCGGCAAGGUAGAUUGCGCUAAGCCAAGAAGUUCGCGCGAUUCAUCAAUUGAGGCGUUCGUCGUCUGCCAAGACUUUCGGCCGCCAGCAGGUUUGUUGCUGGACCUAUCGUCACCGCUCCUCGACUUUGCGCACUCGCUCGCCGGCGAUAUCAGCACGGGCACGCCGAGCUCGCACCUCAUUGCGCCUUUUGUCGCCUGCGGCGAUCUUAGUGGCUUCGAUCAGCUUGAAGCGUCCCCCGCUCCAUCUGCGAAUGAGCAGGUAGUAGGCAACUCGCUUGCGCUGCCGGCGCAGAAUGAGCAUCUCGUUUCAAACGAUUCUGGCAAACCCGAGCGGAUUCGCGAGGGAAUGUGAUGCUCUGUUCCAACAACAUACACUUCUAUCGUGUCUCAGACGACUUCCACUCGUGCCCGUUCGACCAGAUUCUGCGCAGUGAGGUUGUACAGCGCAUCGAUCAGAUGGCCCGUGAAAGUCGAUGGACCGCCCGGCUGCUUUUCCAUGGCAAUCUCUGCGGCAACCUGUGCGACCGAUUCAGCGCAG